ACUCUUCUUUACACAACCGAUACAUCCUUCGUGUCAUUCACAGCUACAAAUAUUUUCAAAAUUCAAAUUUUGCUGCGUGAAUCAAAAAUUGCAGUUUCAAUCCUCCUCUUUGAUCUACUCAAGGUCUCUCAAGCAUUCAAGAAGAUAUGGAUAGUAAUUUGAAUGGAAAUCAAAAGACACUAGCCGAAAGUCAUACUAGAGCCGGCCAAAUUCAAACACAAAGUGUGGGACAUUUAGAGAGCAUCAAAUUGGAUAUGUUCUCUCAAAGGCAGUUUCUUCAUGAGAAGAGCAUCAAAACAGAGCAAGAACGUGCCUUAGAAAUGAAAACUGUUAACGAUGAAAAUUUGAAUAUCGAAUUGGAAAUGAAGCAAAAUAGAAUGAAUCACCAACAAAGAAUUCAAAAGCAGAAAUUAUUGGACAGAAAUGACGAAUUGAAGUAUAAUUUGGGAUGUGAAGAAGAUGCGAAAGAGAGACAUUUUAUCAGUAGUGUUGAGGAUACAAGAGCUGCUGGACAGAAGCUGUUCAGUUCGUUGAAUCAUCUUUGCUCAAGUGUACAUUGUCUACAAACAAGCAACAAUUCAAAUAAUCGGAAUGAUGUUGAAAAGAAAAUUGGUAGUUGUAUGGCCUAUAUUGGCAAAGUCGAAAAGACAAUAAUUCCUUUCUAGGAUGCAGUGCGAACUUUACAAGACCAAUAUAAGCUGGAACUGUGAAUGUUCAAGAAAUUCACAACAAGACAGGCACGCUGGAACAGAGCAUCUCUCGAUUUCAAAAUUAUUUGAAAGAUGGUUACAUUGAUAAUAAUAUUUCAACCUACAAAGAUGUUUUGGAAUCAACAUCAGGCUUGAUUGAAAUUGUGAAUUCACUUCCAUCAAUUGCUAAAAGUAAUCACGGUACAACUGCUAUAACUGAGAGUUUUAAGCAAACUAUUCAAAGUUCAAACAGCGAUAUAUGUGUUCAACAAUCUACAACUCUUGUUGUACAAGUUACUGAAAACGUUGAAGUGUCCGUUGGAAAAAGAGAUAAGCUAAUAAUUCUUAGUAUUAUUCCAUUCUUCGUCUGUGCGCUAAUUGAUUUGUUUCGUUAAUGGCAAUAAUUUUUUUCAAAUUGUGUUUACCUUUGUUUUAAGGUGUUCAAAAAAUUUAUGCCCCGUAGUAUUAUUCAAAUUUACUGUUAAAUUGCAUUCCCUCUAUUCUUAUAUAUGUAUACUGAAUAAAUUAUUGAUAUUGAGGCACAUAUUUAUUGGAAUUCAAAACGUGUUUGGCAUGGAACACCUAUGUAUCUUUAUAUUUUGCUAUUGAAAAUUAGACAUCACCGUCUUCAUUAGAUAUUUCAUUCGGUCAAGGCGUAACAGGGCCUCUCACUCGCACUAUAAAAGCAGCGUUUUGAGAAUAUUUUCAGCACUGUUGUUGAAAGUUAUUGAACUUUGGCAA